AUGGGUGGUUUUUGCGAGCUCUCCUCGUUCUCUUUUUUGUGUUUCCUUCUUCCUCUGUUGGAUAAAACUUCUGCCAAAUUUGAGGAUCAUUACCACGAAAACAGAGCAUCAUUACUUUCUUUCAAAAAUGGCAUUUUUUCUGACCCACAACACCAUCUUCAAAAUUGGAGUGUAAAUUCACAGCUUCACUUCUGCAACUGGACAGGAGUUAAAUGCAACAAUUCGACCCACCAAGUGAUUUCCAUUGAUCUUUCUGGCAUGUCCCUCGGAGGAACCAUUUCUCCAUCUCUUUCCAAUCUUUCUUCCUUAACGACUCUUGAUUUGUCCGGGAACUUCUUUGAAGGUCAAAUUCCCAUGGAGUUGGGUUCUCUUGUUAAUCUCCAGGAACUGAGCCUGAAAAGGAAUCUUCUGAGAGGAAAAAUCCCUGCAGAGCUCCAGUUUUUGAAUAAAUUGGAGUUUCUUCAUCUGGGUAGCAACAGGCUUGAAGGGGAGAUCCCUGAGUUGCUGUUCUGUAAUGGGUCCAGUUCGCCAUUGAGGUAUAUAGACCUCUCAAACAAUUCCUUAAGUGGGAGAAUACCUUUAAAAAAUGGAUGUGAGCUGAGGUGUUUGAUGAAAUUCAUGCUUUGGUCUAACAAUUUGGCGGGGCAGGUUCCUGCUGCUCUUUCAAACUCAACGAAUCUGGUAUGGCUGGAUUUGGGGUCAAAUAAGUUAAGUGGGGAGUUGCCAUCUGAGAUUUUGAUGAAAAUGCCAUUCUUAGAGGACCUUGAUUUGUCUGAAAAUGGAUUUGUUAGCCAUGAUGGGAACUCAAAUCUUGAGCCUUUUUUUGCAUCUUUGUUCAAUUCUUCAAGACUGAAUGAGAUUGAUUUAGCAGGCAACCGUCUUGGUGGAGAGAUACCUUCGUUUAUUGGCGAUCUUCAUGUCAAUCUCUCAAAGCUUCAUUUGAAUGAUAAUCUUAUCCAUGGCUCAAUUCCUCCUUCCAUUUCAAAGUUUAGAAAUCUUACCAUUCUGAACUUGUCUAGUAACCUCCUCAAUGGAACCAUUCCUUCUGAGCUUUCCAGAUUGAGGAAGCUUGAGGUUAUUCAUCUCUCUAAUAAUUUACUCUCCGGUGAGAUCCCAUCUUCUCUUGGGGAAAUUCACCAUCUGGGUUUUCUUCAUUUGUCUAGAAACAAGCUCUCUGGUUCUAUUCCAGAAGCCUUAGCUAAUCUUUCCCAGUUGAGAGAACUGUUGCUUAAUGGAAACCAUCUCUCAGGCAUUAUCCCACCAAGCCUGGGAAAAUGUACCAACUUGGAUAUUUUGGACCUUUCUAGCAAUCAAAUUUCAGGUGUUAUUCCGAGUGAAAUUGCAGGGAGGACCAUGAAAUUUUAUUUGAACCUUUCCAGAAACCAUUUACAUGGGCCUUUGCCAUUGGAGCUUAGCAAAAUGGACAUGGUUCCGGCUAUUGACUUGUCCUCGAACAAUCUCUCAGGCCCAAUCCCAUCCCAACUUGGGAACUGCAUUGCAUUAGAACACCUCAAUCUCUCUCAUAAUUCCUUUUAUGGGCCUUUACCAGUUUCCAUUGUCCAACUGCCUUAUCUUCAAACACUUGAUGUUUCUUUCAACCAAUUGAAUGGAAGCAUUCCUGGCAUUCUUCAGAAUUCUUCAACUCCCAAGCAGCUCAACUUCUCUUUCAACAAGUUUUCAGGUGAAGUUCCAGACGAGGGGGCAUUUACAUGGCUGACAAUAUCUUCUUUCCUUGGAAACAAUGGUCUCUGUGGCUCCAUCAAAGGCUUGCCAAAGUGCAGGAAAAAACACAAGUUUCAUAAGUUGUUGCCAAUUCUCUUGUGUUCAUCUGCAGCUCUUAUACUUGUCAUCACCGGAAUCGCCUUGGUACACCGGUUGAGAAAGGGAAAACGUUUGCCAGUUUUGAAUCGGAGGAGUUGGAAGGAAUAUGGACAACAAACUACAGAGAGGAAGGAGCUGAAAUAUCCAAGAAUCUCAUAUAGACAACUGGUGGAAGCCACAGAUGGUUUGAGCUCUUCAAGCUUGAUUGGGUCAGGACGAUUUGGAGAAGUGUACAAGGGAAUACUACCAGAUAAGACAAAGAUUGCAGUCAAGGUUUUGAAACCAAUUAGGACAGCAGGAGAAAUCUCAGGGAGCUUCAAAAGAGAAUGUCAAGUGCUGAAGAGAACAAGGCACCGAAAUUUGAUUAGGAUCAUAACCACUUGCAGCAGACCAGAUUUCAAUGCUCUUGUUCUUCCAUUAAUGUCAAAUGGCAGCUUGGAAAUCUAUCUUUAUCCAAACGAGCUAGGAUCGAGCAUUCGUAGGCCAGAUUUGGUUCAACUAGUGAGUAUUUGCAGUGAUGUAGCUGAAGGUGUGGCCUAUUUACACCACAACUCACCGGUUAGAGUGGUGCAUUGUGAUAUCAAACCGAGCAACAUUCUUCUUGACAACGACAUGACUGCUCUGGUUACUGAUUUCGGAAUUUCAAAACUGAUCAUUGGGGGAGAAACUAACAACAUUUCCUUCAGUUCAACUCAUGGCUUGUUACGUGGCUCUGUUGGCUACAUAGCUCCAGAGUACGGAUUAGGGGAGCGUGCCUCAACUGAAGGAGAUGUGUUCAGUUUUGGAGUUCUUCUGUUAGAAGUUGUGACAGGAAAGCGUCCAACCGAUCUUCUUUUUCAACAAGGUGCAGGCUUGCAUGAAUGGGUGAAAAGCCACUACCCUCACGACCUCAUGGACAUAGUCAAUGAAGCAAUGGAAAGAUAUGGUCUCCCACCACGGCCAAACGCCACAAAAUCAUCUCCUAAACUGCAGCUUGAAGUUAUAUUCGAGUUGAUUGAGCUCGGUAUCAUGUGCACGCAGUAUACUCCUUCAUUGAGGCCGAGCAUGAUCGAUGUAGCUCAUGAAAUGACACGUUUAAAAGAGCAUCUCUCGAAUUCGUUAUCACUGUUGAUUCGAGAAGCUGGUCCUACUGCACAUGAAGGUUGCUGAUCAGUCUGGAAGAUUUAGAGCAACUUGGUGUUGUUCAUUUGUUCAAUUUGAUUGUUUUAGUUUCAGCCUCCUUUUCCAAUAACAAAUUCAGGGCAAAAGAGGGGGUUGAAUUGGAGUUUAAUCACCACACUGAAUCCAGUAAUGUAAAUAUGUGAUACAAUAAGCAUAAAC